AACAUUUUUUCUAAAAUAUAUCCAUUUACUUAUUUGUUUCGGAAAGCUCUUGUUAUUUUCCCAAACAAGGAAAUCAACGGUAAACUGACAAGUUGACAAUAGUUGUGACAUAAAGAUAAUUUUUUUAUUGAGGAGCAGUAAAGGACAACCUAACAUGGAGAUUUAAUGUCACUAAGCCGAUAGGCAGCGCUUAUCAGCAAGAUGGCUUGCAGGCUUGUAUGCCUGAAGGUUUACAAGGGACAGUGGUGUAUACUUCUGGCUGUAUCCACACUGUUAUGGAUGUUGACGCUCUUCAACAUUAAUUCAAGCAAUGUUGUUGGUAGUGACAGAAUAAAGGACGAGGUUAUCCAGCUUAGUGAGAGAUACAUCCGAACGUUGGCCAGGGAUAGCGAGGGUGUUGUGGAUGGACCUUACGCUGGUCGAUUUACUGCCUAUGAUUUGAAAAAGACAAUGGCUGUUCUGUUAGAGAAUAUGAUAGAACGCUUGGACAGGAUCGAACAUCGCCUCAAUAUUUCUUCCAACUUAACAAAGCCCUCUUUAUCUGGAGAUAUCAGCAUGACGCACAGUUUGUACGCAAAAGAUCUUAUUAAUGGCGAGCAUGAGUUGUGUGCCCUGACAGACAAGGAAAGACAACUCUACCCAAAGUGUGAGCAGAAAAUUGAGUGGAUGAAAAACAUGUGGCAGUCAGAUCCGUGUUAUGCCUCGUUCGGUGUGGAUGGAUCCACUUGUUCAUUUAUAAUGUUUCUUAGUGAGGUAGAAGGCUGGUGUCCCAGAUCGGCCUGGCAUGGCUCAAACAAGGCUCCAGUAGAAAAAAACAGCUCAGAUAAUCUUGCCAAAAUAAACCAUGACCUUGAAGGCCUGAUGAAACUAUUGGUUGAUCCGAACGAACGUCAAGGUUACGCUUGGAUGAGGAUGCGAAUCAAGCGUAUCUGGCCACGAUGGGAGACAGCUGUCAAAUCCCUGGCAGCCAAACAAGAUUUGACCAAGAGGAAACAGAAGAAGAUACUGGUCCAUCUUGGGCUCCUGUCAAAACAGUCCGGUUGGAAGUUUGCAGAAAUGCAGUUUAAGGGAGGCCCACUUGGUGAGCUUGUACAAUGGUCAGAUCUCAUUACAGCGUUGUAUGUCCUCGGCCAUGAGCUUACUAUAACCAGCGAAGUCGAACAGCUUGCAAACAUAGUAUCCCAACUUCCUGCGGCUAAUUCACCCUGCCAAAGUCGUAAAGAACUUCCGGUCGAUAUAAUCUACAUCGAUAUAGUUGGACUCAAACAAUUCAAGAAAUACGUAAAAAAUGGAUAUGGAAAAUUCAGCUGCUUAGUACGUGUAGUGGAUUCCUUUGGGACUGAGCCAGGUUUUAACCUACGGACAUUUGCCAAACAACGGAAAAAGCUGUCAUCCUGGGGCGGUCAGGAUCUUAAUCCACAGCAGUUUUUCACUAUGUUCCCCCACAGUCCCGACAACUCGUUCAUGGGGUUUGUUGUGGAGCGUCAUCUGAAUGAAAGCAACGCCCGGGCAAUACAGCGAUCCAAUAUGGCCCUUGUGUAUGGGAAAAACGAUUAUAUGUGGGCGGGAAAAGAGGAAUAUCUAAACACAGUGAACAAAUCAGAGAUUGUUAUACACGGCACAGUUUAUAGUGACAGUGAUUCAAAAUCGCCGCUAAAAAUUCCGAGCUAUGUGAUCAACCAUGGUAUACUCAACGGCGAAGACCUUCAUAAACUGCUACGGCAGUCUAAAAUAUUUUUGGGCCUAGGGUUUCCUUAUGAAGGACCUGCACCUCUGGAAGCUAUUGCGAAUGGGGCAGUGUUCAUAAACCCUAAAUUUCUUCUACCACACAGCAGGAAUACACAGCCCUUCUUCAAAGGGAAACCAACAGAAAGAGAGCUCAUGAGUCAACAUCCAUACGCAGAACAGUUCAUAGGAGAGCCUCAUGUGUACACAAUCAAUAUAGAGGACCCCGACGAGGUGCGGACAACAGUUCAGAAAAUAUUGGACAUGGAACAGUUUAAUGGAUUCCUGCCGUAUGAGUUUACAGAAGAAGGGUUCAUACAGCGGAUGAACGCAUACAUCGAGCAUCAGAACUUCUGUCAGUUCCAGCGACAAUUAAACAAAUGGCCGCCAGAAUCAGCGGUAAAAGUAUUGUUUGGAGAUGGCGGGAAAUCAUGUAAAGAUGUUUGCUGGGAGAAGAAUCUCAUUUGUGAACCAAGUCAUUUUCUCGCAGCGAAUUCUCAUUCGAUUCUAAUGUCACGAGGGGCUGCUUGUGCAGCCAAUAAAACAUUGACAGACAUCUACUACCCUGCCUUAGACACAAAAACAAACGACUGUAUCAUUCAGCAGGAGGAACUACUUUUUAGCUGCGUAGGAAAACAAGACAAUCUACGCAGGCUUUGUCCGUGUAGGAACUAUUUUAAAGGGCAAAGUGCAUUGUGUGUGGGAUGUGAGUUGUGAUAGAAUGAUCAUUUGAUACAGUCUCAGAUAGUGUUAUAGAUGAGGAGUCCAUCUCAUCAAUGAUUACAGUCCAAACUCGUUGGCUUGAACUCCCAGGGACCGGCAAAAUACUUUGAGCCUCAAAAAAUUCGAGCCAAGUGGAAUUGCUUACAUUCAGUUUAAAGAAAUCGGUCCUUUAAAUCCAGAUUGAGUCAACGGGGAAUAUGAGCCAAGCGAGUUCGAGCCAACGAGGUUCGCCUGUAUAUCGUACGAUCACUUCUUCAAAUCAUUUCCACCGUGUUGUAGUAAUGGUGUAAUACUUGUAAAACAAAUUCCAAGAAGAUAGACUUAAGAUAAAGAUUUAACAUCAAAGGUAUAAUUUAACUUACAAGUAAAACAUUUGGGGAAUUACCGUAAUAUUUUAUCAAAGUUCUUGAUGUUGACCAUUGUUUUUUGUACUUUUAUUGACUUGAUUGCCUCCAUUUAUGGAUAAUUGUGUUACAGUACAUGUACCUGGAAUGUGGGAUACAUCUAUAAAACGAUCAAUCUUUCAGAAUGAACCUUUAAUUAAAACAAAUUAAACGAUUUAAUUCGGUGGUAAAAACCAGUCUAGGUAUUUUUGAAACUGUGAGAAACAGUAGUUAAAUAGCAGAAAAUAUUCUUUGAUUUAAUCAUUAAGAAUAUAUAAUACUUAUGAAGUGAUAUUUUGAAGUGAUAUUAACCGUAUGAUGUUUUAUUUAGUGACAAUAGUUUUGUUAUUAGUUAUAAUUGUGCUCACUCAAUGUGCCAAUUGACUUUUAUGAUGUAACAUAGUUGCCAGCAUGCAUACUGUUUUAAAAAGACCUCUUUUUUCUUACUAAAAAGUUCUCCUUUUUGUAUAUUUUUGUUUACCGAUUACCUUGUGAGACCAAAACAGUGUGUUGAAUCAAGUGACAACUUUUAAAUUGUCAUAUAGAGUUAAGUUCCAUUUAUGUUUUUAUGAAAUUGAUGUAGAACAUUUGAAAAAUGCUUGAUAAGAUGGAACAUUAAUGUAAAAUUCAUAUAUGUAAAAAAAAAAUUUGUUUUCUCUCUUCUUAUCUUGAAAAACACCAACUUUAUCCUUCUAUUUGUCUAAAAGAUUCCGUCUCUGUCCUAGUUUUAAUGUGACAGUGCUUGAAAGUCUGCUGUAAGAACAUUUGUAUAAUCGUUUAUUAUACCUCACCUUACCAGCCCAUGUUAAAUUCUCAUAUACCAAUCAUGGGCAAUUUCAUACUGCCGACCACAGACGGUACAGUUUUGACAAGUUCACAUGAUGCUGUCACACCGACACGCGUCUAAACAAUUUUGGUUUUCCAAGUCUGAGGUGUCGACUCGAGAAACAGUUUUUCCCUCAUGUUGUCAAUAUUUACAGUCACAAUGGAAGCCAUGCUAUAUUUAUAUAAUGUAGUGUAGUAAAUGACUGAUUAUAUAACAUCUGAGCACUGACAUCAAAAUUUAUUAUAUGUACUAUCAUUUUGACAUUAGCAUUGAACAUACAAAUGUGCAAUUUGUUGGUUUCCAAAUAUACUUUUAGUUCAUCUGUUUUUUAAGAAAAAUAGUCAGGUUAUUUGUAGCCUUGGUGUCGUUGUUGUGCAAUAGCUUUUAAUUUGGCCAUACCUAAAACACUAUUCAAGAUACUUGACAUGACACUUUGUUCACAUGUUACUAGUGAAAAUAUAAACAUGUGUUCAAAGGCCAUACAUCUUGUUCUAAUAACCAUCAUGUUAGUUCCCUUGAUAUUUCGCAAAACUCUGAUGAAAACUUAAACUUGGCCAUAACUUAUACUAACUGUUCAAGGCAAUUGCAUGAAACUUGGUAUAUAUUUAACCAUUGGCAAGGGUCAUUGUGUGUGCCCUUGAAUAUGAUGUUUACAUUUUAUGCCCCCCUUCGAAGAAGAGGGGUAUAUUGCUUUGCACAUGUCCGUCCGUCGGUCUGACGGUAGACCAAAGCUUGUCCAAGGGAUAUCUCAACAAUUCCUGGACGUAUGGUCAUCAAACUUGACAUGAAGGUCUGACCAGAAGAUGACCCCUAUUGAUUUUAGGGUUCAUUGGUCAAAGGUCAAGGUCACAGUGACCUUGAUGGCAAACUCCACAAUACCUGGACCUAUGGUCAUUAAACUUAAUAUGAAGGUUGGGCCUGACCAGUAGAUGAUCCCUAUUGAUUUUGGAGGUCAUCGGGCAAAAGGUCAAGAUCACAGUGACUUUUAACGUGAAAAAGUUAACAAAGUUUCUCCCAGUGAUAUAUCAACAAUGCCUGGACCCAUGGCCCUCAAACUUGACUUGGGGGUUGGGCCCGACCUGUAGAUGACCCCUUUUUUAUUUUAGGGUUCAAAGGUCAAGGUCACAGUGACCUUGUAAGCAAAAAACUUGACAAUGCUUGCACCCAUGGCCCUCAAACUUUACAUUUAGGUUAUGGAUGACCAGUUGAUGACUCCUGUGGAUUUUGAGGUCAGAGGUCAAGGUCAUAACUCAUAUUCAUCAUUUAAAUUUUGUCAAGUUUACUUAUUCCCUGCUGCUAAGAGGAUACAUUUUUAUCUGCAAAUAUCAGUCAUCUUCUGAACAUGAUUUAAAACUUUACCUUCUAUCCUCACACUUUGAAUGGUCAUAAUCUUAAAAAACUGCCUCAAAGGCAUCCAAUGUAAAUGACAAGUCAGCUGUCAUAUUGUUCCAUGCAUAUUUUAUUGAAUUGUCCAAAUAAUCCUGACAACAUGGCACUCAGAGGGGGGCAUUAUGUUUGACAAACAUCUCUUGUUUAUAUUGCAGUUUGUUGAAAAAAAUUCUCUCACAAACUUCUCUAACAGUUUUAGCGAAAAAUUGAACAUCAGUUCAGCAUUUUGGGGAUAUAAAAGAAUAAUAAUUGAUAUUUGGCAUAUUAGAAUCAUUUCCUUGAUAUAAUUUUAAAACAUCUAUAAUAAUUAUGAUUUUAUAUCAAUAUUUUUACAAGCCAAUCAGUAAUAUCCUGUGUCAAAACCUUGUGCCGGGGAAGUUAUGAUUUUAAUAAUAGCACUUGUUGAGAUAAUUCCCACGUAAUAAGACUAUAUAAACAGCUGAGUGAUGACUUUUGUGCCUGUUUUUUUCCUUGUAUAUUUAUUAUGUUAUUCAUCUUUAUACAUUCCUAUGUUAGUUUUAACACCUUGUGAAUAGAUAGUAGUAAAUUAGCUUAUGAAACCAAAAUAUUUAUACAUUGAAAAAAAUGUUUAACCAAUAAUCAUCACUUCCAAUCAGAUUGUUUUGAUUUGCAUGACAGUCAAAAAUAGCCAUAGUUUAUAUCAUCCAUGCAACAGUUUCAUCUAGAAUUCUUGGAGGGAUUUUAUAGCUAGGAGUAAUGUUAUAACUAGGAGUGAUGUUAUACCUAGGAGCGAUGUUAUACCUAGAAGUGAUGUUAUACCUAGGAGCCAUUUUAUAGCUAGGAGCGAUGUUAUAAGAUUAAAGUUUAUUUUAUCGAGUCAUCAUAAUUAGAGAGCAGUAUCAUUUUGUGAAUACAAGUGUAAUAAAUUGAAAUAAGAGCAGUGAAACUUACAUUUAUUAUAAAAGUUAUUUCACUGAAAAACUUUAAAGAAUACAAUUUACCUGUACAUAUGUAGAUGUAAAUAAGACUGAGCUAUUAUAUAAAAAUACCAUGGUUGUGUCAUCUUGGGCUUAGCGAUAUGUAACGUUAUAACAUAAGCAUGAAAUCGCACUCUGCUAUUAUCCAUAGAAAUAGGCAGUUCUUUGAAUAAUAGUCGUUCUAAUGUUGAAACGCUGCAUAUUUUUCUUUAAGCAGCCCACCCAAAGGAAACAAUUCUUAUACAUGCACGGCAUUGUACUUUAUCAAAUUGCCAAAAAGUAAAUUAUCCAAUUUUCAUUAUAAUUUGCCAAUUACUUUGCUCAAAUUAACAUUAAUACAUUUAAAGUCUAUUCACUAUUUCAGCUUCUUUUUCAUUGCAAGUUAGUAAGAAAUUGUUUAUCAUCAUUUUCAAUCAUCUUGUAUAUCUGUUUUACUUAUUUUAAUAAUAAUGUUUAUGUUUAUUUUGUUAAAUGUGUUGAAAUAUUGUCAAGGAUGAAUAGCAUGAUGUAAGGUAGGAAGCACACAUUUCUACGUCACAUUCAAUUUUUAUCAAACUUAUCCUUAUAAGAUUCUGACCUCAACUGCUGGCAAUGUAGACUGGUUUAUUGCCACUACAUUAGUGGCGCUACAAAGUAGACUGGUUUCUUUCCACUAAAAUGUGGACUGGUUUCUUGCUAGUGUGAUGUAGACUGGUUUCUUUCCCCUACUAUGUGGACUGGUUUCUUGUCAGUGCGAUGUAGACUGGUUUCUUUCCACUACAAUGUAGACUGGUUUCUUGCUUCUGCAAUGUAGACUGGUUUCUUGCUUCUGCAAUGUAGACUGGUUUCUUGCCACUAUAUUCUUACUUCUACAAUGUAGACUAGUUUCUUACCCUUACAACGAAAACUGGUUUCUUGCCAUUACAAUUUAGACUGGUAACUAGGAGUAGGCAAAUAUGGAAAGCAUUCUGUAUCAGAAAACACACCUCAGUGAUAAACGGGGUUCAGGGCAGUGUGGAGGGGCUUUGUAUUUUUGCCUGUAAAUCAGAUAUUUAAAUUUGUAAUAUUGUUGUCAUAAUCCUUAACCAAAUACAUUUUAUUUAUUGUAUCAUAUAAGAAUUAUGAAUAUUUAUUUAAAUUUCAGUCAGCCUGUAUUGUGUUCUUUUCCGGCCAAAAAAUCAAACUUGUAUACUGUGAAAUAAUAUGAACUUCAGUGUUGUGAUGUUACAGUUUGUGUAUUGCUUCUUUCACCAUAUCCACUAUUUAUUUUAAAAUUUGUCUUACCAUGUUUGUACAGUGCUUUCUAAAUAAGUUGAUACAAAGGGGUCAUACCGUUUCAACGAAACAGAGGAAUAAACAACUGAUUGUAUUAUAAAGAUGAAAGGUUGAAUUUAUAUAUUUUGCUGUACCAUCUUAAGGAACAAAUAUUUCCCUGUUAUUUACAGUUUCCAGUUGAAUAUUGAUCAACUGUAGUUAAUGUUCUUGUGAUACUUCAAGCUGUUAUUUUGUUUCUUGUUAGCUAUUUGUUUUAAACAGUUCUAAUACCACGUUAGACAAGCCACAGACUAUGUUAUAUUUUUUUUAUUAGUUCACAGAUCUAUAUAAAUGUAAAAGUUCUCAAUCCAUGCCCUGUUAAAAUUUCCUUAACCAUGUUAAAAAGUACUUGUCCAAUGUUAACUACCGGUAGUUAUGAUACCAUGUUGAAACAUAUUUAAUGUUAACUUGUCAUGAUACCAUGUUAAAAAGUUAUGACUCCAUGUUUACUAAUAUUGAUACCAUGUUAACUUAUCUUGAUUCCAUGUAAAAAGUUAUGACUCCAUGUUAACUAAUAUUGAUACCAUGUUAACUUAUCUUGAUACCAUGUUAAGAAGUUAUGACUCCAUGUUAACUAAUAUUGAUUCCAUGUUAACUUAUCUUGAAACCAUGUUAAGAAGUUAUGACUCCAUGUUAACUAAUAUUGAUACCAUGUUAACUUAUCUUGAUACCAUGUAAAGAAGUUAUUACUCCAUGUUAACUAAUAUUGAUUCCAUGUUAACUUAUCUUGAAUCCAUGUUAAGAAGUUAUGACUCCAUGUUAACUAAUAUUGAUACCAUGUUAACUUAUAAUGAUACCAUGUAAAGAAGUUAUGACUCCAUGUUAACUAAUAUUGAUACCAUGUUUACUUAUAUUGAUACCACGUUAAAAGUUAUGACUCCAUGUUAACUAAUAUUGAUACCAUGUUAACCUAUCUUGAUACCAUGUUAAAAAGUUAUGAUUCCAUGUUAACUAAUAAUGAUAACAUGUUAACUUAUCUUAAUACCAUGGGAACUUAUCUUGAUAUCAUGUUAAAAAGUUCUUAGUACAUAUGAAUUACAGAAUUAGUCACAAUACCAUGUUAAAGAGAUCUUACUCCAUGUUAACUAAUCUUGAUACCGUGCUUACUAAUUUUGAUUCCAUGUCAUAAUGGUAUUCUAUGUUAACUAGUCAUUCCUUCAUUGCCACCAUUGUCAUAAUGGUAACAAAUUAAUUUUAAGUUUCAAUUAAAGUUUUUGAAAUCUAAUGCUCAUGAAAAUAUUUAAAAAAAAAUUCUUAUCCCAUUCAUUGACAAAACAGCCAACGCUGGCCAUAAGCUGGAUUGUAAGUAUGUUGUUUAUAAAUUAUAUUGAAUUUCAUUUAAAUGCCAAGCCAAAAAAAAUUCUUAAUUAUUUAAUGGUUAUACUUUUUAUGCCAAAACCAAUCCCUUGCCAUAAUUGGGUAUUAAUGUAAUUGUUGACAGAAUUAUACCUCUAAAGUAAACCAAUUGCCAAAGAUGAUAAGAAAUGCUAUGCAUAGUAGAAUAAUUCCCUUAUGUCUUAACAUUUUUAUCUACAAUUGCAUUUAUUCUAUUUUAUUUGUAUAUUUACUUGUUGUUGUUUUUUUGUGCUAGUAAUUUUAUGUUGUUAUUUGCUUUAGACAUAUCACAUUUGUUACUGGCUUCAAUAAUUGCUACCUUAUGCCACAUUUCGAUAAAAAAGAAUAACAGAUCAUCAUUAAUAACAUACCCUUCCAGUGCUUUUGUAAUCAUUUGUAGCCAAUUGGAUGUCUAAUAUUUAUCCAAUCAUUGGUAUACGGUAAAUCAGAGGGUUAGAGUCACUCAAGUCUAGUGGUAUAUGUGUACACCUCUCACCCUAGAGGUUAUGGGUUUGAUCCCCAUCAGGGGUAACUUCUCAUGGCCCGUCACAUUCAACACCAUUACUGGUUUCUGCCCAGGAAACAGAUUUGAAAGCGAUUCUAUAAUCUGUCUGCUGCUAAUAGAAAUUAGUAUAAUCUAACCAAUCAAAGUCAAAGUUUAGCCCAAAUCAAAAUUGAUUGGUUAGUUUUGUCUAGUCAUUGCUAUCAACCAAUCAAAAUCACAGGUUAGCUCAAAUCAAAAUUGAUUGGUCAGUAUUUAUCCAAUCAUUGCUAUUAACCAACCAAAGCCAAUGGUUAGCCUAAAUGAGAAUUCAUAAGUAAACAUUCAUCCAAUUAUUGCUAUUAACCAAAGACAUAGACUAGUCAUAAGAAGAAUUGAAGAAUCAGUGUUUGUCUGCUAGCAUGUAGACUAUGUAGACUAGCCAAAACUGUUCCUGUUUUAUACAAAAUAUAAUGGCAAAUAAUAUUGGCAUUCUUUAACAUUUGUUUAUGUAAAGUUAGUUUUCUCUUUAUACACCAGUUUAAAAAACGGUACAUAUUUAUAGUUUAACUUGGGACAUAUGGGUUGGACAGGUGGUCCUGUGGGCAGCGUCCAGUAUUUUUUUCUGCUCAAUAACUUUAGAAGCCUUUUGUCCGAUCAUCACCAACUGUGGUCAGAAUGUGUAUUGGUAUAAUAUCUCGGACAGGUUCGAUAACCAGCCAUAUCACUCUAGUCACUCAUUAGUUAUUGCCCGUUUAUUGUGGAAAAUACUUAAAAUUGGUCUUGUUCGCUCAAUAACUUAAGAAGCCUUUGUUCAAUCAUCACCAAAUUUGUUCAGAAUGUUAAUUGGCAUAGUAUCUCAUGACUGUGCAAUAAGCAGCCAUAUUGUCAUUCAAGAGUUAUUGCCCUGCAAUUAUAUAAUUAAGGCAUUUACAGUGUCCGCUCUCUAUAUUUGGCUAAACGUGCAACCACUUAUCACUAAUCUUGUUGUCCUUAAACUAGGACGGGCAUAUAUUGUGACUGAUGCUCUUGUUAAUGUAUGUAAAAAUGCUUUAAUUUUAUGUUUGUUUACUUUUGUUUUAAACUUAUUCACACAUAUAUAAAUUAGUUUCAUUGUACCUGGGAGUAGGAUUUGUUGUUGGUCCUAGAUUGUACACUGUUCUAGAAUUGCAAGUGUUUAUUCUGAAGUAUUUUUUCUUUCUCAUUUAUUUUGUUUAACUAUUAAAGAACUUUUUAAUAAACCUGUGUAUGUUUCUGCAAUUCAUUACAUCUAUUUCAUAAUUCCAUGUAACUUCAUUCCACAAAUGUUCCUUUCUAUUGUUCAGGUUUCACUUGUAAAAAAAUAAAUUAAAACAAAAAG